CCCAACUUUUGGGUUAAAAUUUGAAUGAAAAGAUUCUCUGUCUUGUCCUCUUAUUCUCUCUUAUCUUUUUUCUCUCUCAUACUCACUAUUUCUUACUGUCUGUCUCAUCCUGCUUUUCUCUCCUGUGGUUGAAUGGAUGCAUUUGUUCCCCUUAGCGAAUAUAACAUGGCUGUUUGUGUUUGGCUGUCAUGGAUUGGAGAUUGAGUCAUAAGACCAGGCCUGCAGACACACACACACACACACACACACACACACACUUUCUCAUGCAAGUCAUAUGAGUUGUACAGCUUAAUCAGAGAUAGUCAGAGUGAGUUAGAGAGGAGAAGAUUUGGAGAUGGAGGAUUUCCUGUGGAGAAUGCGGGUUUGGGCAUCUGUGAGCUGGAGGAGAUGUUGUUGGUGUUGUGGAGAUAAAUCAAAUGAAGUCAGAAGGGAAGAAAAAGAGGAAAUGUUUGAGUUGAGAGUGGAAGAGAUAAAAGAAGCAAUGAAAAUGGAAGAAAGACCAUCAAAAACCUGGAGUGUGUCCUCCCUCCCAGUUGCUGAGCUGGGAGAGCUGGACGGGGAGGAGAAACCACAGCCGCACUGGUUUCACACGCUGCAGGUGCGACGGCUCCGAGUUCAGAGGGGCCGCAGUAACAGCGAUCCUAUGGGAGGAAAGAGCUUCCAGCAAGACUUCCAGUGGAAAACUGGUCUGCAGUUUGGGAAUGCAACAUCUUAUCUGAAUCUUGAAAAACUUGGAGAGGGCACAUAUGCCUCAGUGUACAAAGGUAUUAGCAGGAUAAAUGGUCAUCUUGUGGCUUUAAAGGUGAUUCACAUGAAAACUGAGGAAGGAAUUCCAUUCACAGCUAUUAGAGAAGCCUCCUUGUUAAAGGGCCUUAAACAUGCCAACAUAGUCUUGCUUCACGACAUCAUCCACACGCGAGACUCUCUCACAUUUGUCUUUGAGUAUGUGCAAACUGAUUUGGCUCAAUACAUGAUUCAGCAUCCUGGCGGACUUCACUCGUACAACAUCAGGCUCUUCAUGUUUCAGUUGCUGCGAGGAUUGUCUUACAUUCACAGCAGAAGAAUUCUGCACCGAGACCUCAAACCUCAAAAUUUGCUCAUCAGUUAUUUGGGGGAACUCAAAUUAGCAGAUUUUGGUCUGGCCCGAUCUAAGUCCAUACCGUGCCAAACAUACUCUUCCCAGGUUGUGACUUUAUGGUACCGGCCGCCAGAUGUUCUCAUGGGCUCCACUGAUUACUCCACAGCCCUAGACAUCUGGGGAGCCGGCUGCAUUUUUAUUGAGAUGCUACAGGGGUCACCAGCGUUUCCUGGACUAGCUGAUGUCUUUGAGCAACUGCUGAAGAUUUGGGCAGUCCUCGGGGUCCCGACCGAGGAGGGCUGGCCAGGUGUCAGUGAUCUACCGAACUAUAAACCAGAGUGGUUCCUGCCCUGCAAGCCCAAGCAAUUUCGAGAUGUCUGGAAAAGACUUGCUCAGUUACCUUAUAAGACGGAGGAUCUGGCCCAGCAGAUGCUGAUGAUGAAUCCAAAGGACAGGAUUUCAGCCCAGGAUGCAUUGCUACAUCCAUAUUUCAACACACUUCCACCUCCGUUAAUGCAUCUAAGGGACACUGUGUCAAUCUUUAAGGUGCCGGACGUGAGGUUAGAGACGGAAGCGAGGGAUAUCUUCAGCCCCAGCAGACGAAUUAAAUCGCCUCUUGCUCCGCUGGCCAAGUGCUGGUGAAAAUCUCACCUUUGUAAAUAGUUGAUGUGCUUGUAAAACCAAAAACACACCAGCAUGAGUAAACGUGACACUGUUGCAGCAUGACGGUCAGUUUGUAUGUUGUUUAUUCAGAACAUAAUCACCUUUUUCAAAUAUAUCAGAUUCUCUUUCAAAAGAUUCAUGUUUUUACAUUUUGGACCAGUAUUAACUAAAAAUGUUUUACAGUCGAUCAUGGUGAUCCAAGUCAAAGCUGAUUUCAUCAGGAUCCAAUUCAUUUCAAACGCAUUCUAUAUUUUGAGAUCAAUAUCCACCAUAUUAUUUGA